UGAUAACGUCUAUCUAUACUUAUUGUUUUGUGAUCAGAUGAUCAGUUAAAGAGAUAAACGUGAACUCUUUUUUCCUGCGCGAGGAAUCUUUCAUGCUUUAAUGAUCAUUUGGUAUGAUGAACCUGUGACACUAUGAUUCACAUGUAGCAUACAGUUGCAGAUAUAGCCCACGUACUUAAAAAUAAAAAAAUCUGUUUUAACAUGUUAAGAUGGUUGAUGGACUGUUUAACCUAUGUCCGAUUUUCUUUUUCAUAACAAUCGAUCAGGGCAGGUAAAAUAAGCUAUAGCAAUGGUUUGUUAAUUAAUUUAAGGUUCAUCAUGCACCUAACGAAUUAUAACACAUACAAAUUGGUUGACAUAAUCAUGUGAUAUUCAUGACAUUGGUUCACAUUCGUUUAAAUAUUCGAUAGUUUCUGGUUUGUAAGAAAACAAUUUAUACGCUGCCAAUGUAAUUUUCUGUGAUCACUCAGAUAUUUCACUCCGUCUCACUCAAGACAUGUAUGCCUUUGCCGUUCAGGAGUUUGAAAUGGACACACGUCUUAUUAAGACUAUUUUUAAUCCAUUCCUCGAAUAAUCUCACGAAAUCUUCUUUUGAUCCAAUCUAAACACACGGACACCAUGAAAAUAACGGACCUUGGCAUUAACGCCAGACAGUGCAUUAGAGAAAGAGGCGUUCUCUUGCUAUAGUAAGCCUAUUGGCUUGGGUCACUGCCAAAUCCUCAUACACCCGAACUAAAUACUGUGUUAAAACAAGAACAAGACCUGAACAAGACAGCUUUCCGCAUCAAAAACUGGAGGAUCAACACCUGGCAUAAGUUCUAUCACAGAAUAUCUGUGCCUUAUACUGGAGCCAGGCCAAAUUCAGGGAGACUGAAAAAUGACCUGCCCAUUGUCCAAAAAUAGCUGCCUGAAAAGUUCCUGCAAAAGGUUUAUUAUGCAAGACUGUCAGCUGGAGUUCAAAAUGUAAAUGCACUGAUGCCCUUGGACUGCAGUUAGCUCAGCAUCUGACAUUUAAAAUCAUGUUGCGGACCCAUGAAAGAAAUGCAGCGAUAAGACAAAGUGAAUGAGUGAAGUGGGCCUAUUCAUCAGACCAUCACCAAAUGUCCCAGUAUCAUAAACAGGUAAUUUUUGUUGCAGAGAAUAUGACUCCACGGAUUCAGAACUGCUCAAACUGUAGCCAAGCCCUGAUCAUGGAACUGAACAUCACAAAGGCUAUUGUACUAAGCUUUGUGCUGUCUAUUUUUGUUAUAUUUGGAGUACUGGGCAACAUCUUGGUCAUCCUUUCUGUGGCUUGUCACCGCAGCCUUCGGACGGUCACACAUUAUUUUAUUGUAAACCUGGCAGUGGCUGACCUCCUGCUGAGCUCCACUGUGCUUCCAUUCUCUGCCAUUUUUGAGAUGUUGGGCCACUGGGUGUUCGGCAGGGCUUUCUGUGAUGUCUGGGCUGCCAUGGAUGUGCUUUGCUGCACAGCAUCUAUAAUGAGCCUGUGUGUUAUCUCUGUGGACCGCUACAUUGGGGUUAGUUACCCACUGCGCUACCCAGCCAUUGUGACUGAGAAGCGGGCGUUGUUGGCACUUAUGGGAAUUUGGGCUCUAUCCAUUACUAUUUCUAUUGGACCAUUAUUUGGCUGGAAAGAGCCAGCACCAGAGAAUGAAUAUGUGUGUAAAAUCACAGAGGAACCUGGCUACGCCAUUUUUUCUGCAGUGGGCUCUUUCUACCUCCCCCUAGUGGUUAUACUGGUUAUGUACUGUCGUGUAUAUGUGGUGGCCCGCAGGGAGACAUACAGCCUUAGGAAAGGUCACAAAACGGAGAAGGCACACCAUGCAGAGGCAGUAACGUUGCGGAUACACAGAGGCAACACCACUGUGGUGGAGGAGGAAACACUGAGGAGUCGGACUCACUUCACAAUCCGCCUACUUAAAUUCUCCAGGGAGAAAAAGGCUGCAAAGACCCUGGGCAUUGUGGUGGGGUGUUUUGUUCUCUGCUGGCUGCCAUUCUUCCUGGUUCUGCCUAUUGGAUCCAUCUUCCCGGCUUACCGGCCCUCAGACACGGUCUUCAAAAUCACCUUCUGGCUUGGGUACUUCAACAGCUGUAUCAACCCAAUCAUCUACCCCUGCUCUAGUCAGGAGUUUAAGAAAGCCUUUCUGAGUGUGCUUGGUGUUCACUGUUUGCGCCGCAGCAUCAGACCCACAUACCCACUGUGCCAGGGCCAUGCUGCCAGCCACACACAGUCACAUCUGCUCUCAUUGGGCUCCGAGAGCCGCAGCGAGCCAUCACAUCUCAGCCCGUCGUCCUCUGUGGUCCUUUCCUGUACUCCCUCAUCUUCCCCAGUAGGGGGGUUGGGAGUCAGUGCUGGGGUCAGUGCUGGGGCGAAAGUAGCAGGGGUGUGCAGCAAGAACCUGCUGAGGACGUGUUGUUGUGCUGGGGACUACCCAGCACGUACACAGCCUCCUGCAUGCCAUUCUCUGCCUGUUAUUAAGAUUCAUCAACUUUCUCUUUGUGAGAAUGGCGAAGCAGUAUGAGCAACAGAAGCAAAACACUGUUUCAUAUAAAACCAUAUGACUCUGAGGUAUAUCCAGAUCGUUGUCAAAAAAUAGAGACAAAUUAAAGGAGACAGUGAUGUGCAGUGUUGCACUGUGCCGAUUGAAAACAUGCUGUGUAGUGAAGGGAAGGGUUACCCUUAGUCAAUUUGAUUGAUAAACUGUACACAUUUGCACAGAAAGAAAAUACUUACUUUUGUUUUAAUGUUGAAAUUUGUCUUAAAAAUGAACUGUUUUAAUUUUAAAAGGUUAUAUAUUUUCCACUGGACCUGACUAUAUGGAGUAUGCUUUAAUGAUGUGGUGUUUAAUACCUUACCUCAAUUCACUUUUCAUUAGAUGCACAAAUUCAUAUGAUGUAUGUUGGUAAUAUAUACAAAUGGCAGUAAUAUAUAUAAAUACAAAUCUUGUGGCCAAUGAAAUGCUUUUUUUUUUUCAGAAACCCAGUUAACAAGAUUCCAAUAAUCAGAGAUUGGGAUAUGUGGAAUACCUGAAAUAUGCUCCAGUUUUAUGUGUAUGUUUGGUCCUUAACAAGAAAAAAUUGCUAAGUAGUGUUUUAAGGAAGAGUCCAAAUUUUAAGACUCAUGUAAAAUGCUUGAUGAAACAAGAUGAAAUUGGGCAUGCAUUUUAGCCCUGAUUGUUAUUCAGUUUAUUUAUUUGUGUAGCGCUUUUUAACAACGCACAUUGUGGCUUUACAGGAAUGUAAAUGGAUUGCAUAUGUGAAAAUGUGCAAAACUGUUAACACAGACACACACAAAAGAAAAACAUGCAAGUUGACUUGAGGAAACUAGCAAGUCUUACAAUCUGGAGUAUUUGCAUUUGAGGCCCAAAAUUCAAGGUAGUUCCAAGAUUAUACCAUUAUACCAGUAUAAGAUUAUUCCAUAUUUCAGGGCAGCUCAACAUCCACUGAGAAUGAAUGACGUGCAGACAAUGAGUCUGUCACUUGUUUAUAUGCAUUUGUGUGUUUGUGUAUGCGCGCAUCUGUUUCUAUUAAGAAAUAUGAAAAAUUCUUAUCAUCAAAACAAAAAAAAACAUUAAGGGUUGUUGCUCUUAAAAGUGCUGUCUGAAGGUCCUUUCAUGAAGCUGCUAACUAAACAUUAGCUUUUAAGAACAAAACAAUCUAAAAACUGUAAAUUAUAAAGAGAUAGAUUGAACCUAAUUGGCUGAGCUGCAUUUGAAGCUCUUGUAAUAUCAGUGAAUGCAUUCAAUUCAGAUUGUGCCAGGUUUUUAAACCAAUAAAACUGUUAUACUCCAGCCAUUGUUUAUUGUUUAUUGCUUACAGAAUGCCCUGAUCUUUGUCCAUUAUUUUGCUUAACUACCAAACUAUUCUGUUAACACACUACAAUGCGUGGCAGAAUUGAUUAUUGUGAAUAUUAUUAAUAAUAAAAUAUAUUAUUGUUAUUUAAAAAAACAGUGGAAUUUUUGUUGCGAUUUGUGUCCACUCCCUCUUUCCUUCUUUAUUUGUAUCAUUGUAAGCAAAUAGAUUUUCCUAGAAAAAUCACAUUUUUAAAUGUAAAUGUUAAAGAAAGUAAAGGGAUGACUGGAAUCUUUGUCAUUUUGUGUAACAUACCUCAUAUUGUCACCUUUUGUGCUAGCUGCAGCUAGCCACCACUCACUGUAUGUAAUUUUUGGUUGAAGGUGCUGGAGAAUUAAUGUGAAAUGAAAUACACUUUCUGCUUUCAGAUUUAGAAUAAUGAUGUUAUGCCAGUUGUGCAACUUGUUUGGCCAGCCCUUUCUCAAAUGUGCCCAUCAACUAUCAUUAGGUUGCUAGCAAUUCAAGAGAUCGGUAUAUUUUAAUAAAUAGAAUUUUUCGUAUAGACUGUGGCACUGGACUAUUUGGUUCAUUUCAUCCCUCCUAACCACCAUGGUGGUAUUUAAAACAUCAUAUCCUAUGGUGUAUGUGCACACUAUGCCAACAUGUCCUGAAAUGACAGUGACAAUUUUUUUUUUGCUAUAAUUACCUUCUGCACUGUCACUUUGACACAUUUUCUUUACUAGACAAAGCUAGCAUGCAGCUUUCAAAGUUAUUCUAUGCAGUUUUUGUGUUGUGUAU